ACUCGACUCGUCAACGAGCACACAAGCAGCGCCGGCCGGCGAGACGACACAGGCCGAACCAACGACUCCAUCCACACACGCACUCGGGCAGCAGCUUCGAUCGGGUGCAACGCCGGCACGUCUUGAAGCCCACGUCCCGUCCAGGCCGCCGCCAUGAGCAACCAGCAAGUCAUGGACUCGGACUGCAUGACGCUCACCAGGUUCGUCCUGGCCGAGCAGAAGAAGGUGCCCACGGCCACGGGCGAGCUGACGCAGCUGCUCAACUCCAUCCAGACGGCCGUCAAGGCCAUCAGCUCGGCCGUCCGCAAAGCUGGCAUCGCCAACCUGUACGGCAUCGCCGGCUCCACCAAUGUCCAGGGCGAGGAGGUCAAGAAGCUGGACGUGCUGUCCAACGAGCUGUUCGUCAACAUGCUCAAGUCGUCCUUCACCACCUGCCUGCUGGUCAGCGAGGAGGACGAGAAAGCCAUCGUGGUUGAGACCGAGAGGCAAGGGAAGUACAUGGUGUGCUUCGACCCACUGGACGGCUCCUCCAACAUCGACUGCCUGGCCUCCAUCGGGUCCAUCUUCGCCAUCUACAAGAAGGCCGACGGCGCCAGCCCGCCCAGCACCAAGGACGUCCUCAAGGCCGGCAGCGAGGUGGUGGCGGCCGGCUACUGCCUGUACGGCAGCGCCACCAUGAUGGUGCUGUCCUUCGGCCAGGGUGUCAAUGGUUUCAUGCUCGAUCCCGCUAUUGGAGAGUUCGUGCUGACUGAGCGGAACAUGAGGGUACCCGAGAAGGGGAAAAUCUACAGCAUUAAUGAAGGGUACACCUAUUUGUGGGAUGAGGCAAUUAAGGAAUACGUGAGGCAAAAGAAGGAUCCCGCUUAUGGUAAACCCUAUGGUGCUCGUUACGUUGGAUCAAUGGUUGCUGAUGUUCACCGCACACUGAAGUAUGGAGGCAUCUUCAUGUACCCUGCCACCAAGGAUGCUCCCAAGGGAAAGCUCCGUCUCAUGUACGAGGCUAUCCCCAUGUCAUAUCUUAUGGAGCAGGCAGGAGGAAUGGCAUCAAAUGGAAGCAAGCGAAUUUUGGACAUUGUGCCUGAACAGAUUCAUCAGCGUACACCUGUGUUCCUGGGCUCCAAGAAUGAUGUUGAAGAUUUGCUGGCCCUCAUCAAGAAACACGGCAACUAAAAAUUCAGUGGGCAAUUAAUGUGCAUGAAUAAUUUUAGCAAUCUGAUUGCGUUAAAGACUGAUACAUGUGAUAUGUCCUUUUUACAAGCUCGUGCAAUUUGUCAUAAUGGUGGAAGAGGAUUUAGUAUUUUUAAUAAAAGAUGCAAUAUUUUAUA